AUGACGCCCACAGGGGCCUUUCCAGGGGCGGCGGCGCCCACAGGGGCUUUCCCAUGGAUGGCUGUUCCUCCAGGUACCCUCCAGGGGGAGGCAGCGGCUCCAGGGGCACUCACAAAGGCCCUCCCAAUGGCGGCGGUGACCCCAUUGGCCCUCUUAGUGGUGGCGGCGAUCCCAAGGGCCCUUCCAGGUUUGGCAGCCAUCCCGGGAUCCCUCCCAGUGGCGUCGAUACCCCCAUGGGCUCUUCGCAGGGAUGCCAGCGACCCCACGGGCCCUCCCAUGGGUGUCGACGCCACAGUGGCCCAUCCACUGGCGGCGACACCCUAA